ACUUUUACUACUGAGAUUACAGAGUACUUUUAAUAUAACACAGAGUUGUUUUACUACUGAUAAUACUUAGUACUUUUUUUGUAUUUGGAGCUGUUCAUCGAUCAUUCCUCACAGCAGGAAUGAUCCCAAGAUGGCAGCACAGACAGCAGCAGCUAGCUCUCCCGAGUCUUUAGUGUUUUUAACGUGUGUUCGUCUAGUUAACUUCUAACAUCCCGAACCGAUAGUACAGUCAGGAGUAUACAGUACAGUCGUGAGUUCCUGCUGGAGAAGGAAAUAACAACAAAACAAAUAAUAGACGCUACGCUGGCAGAGGUACUCCGCGGCUUUGGGAUACGUUCAACCUCGGCUGCUACCUACGUGCUGAAUAGGAGACGCCGCAAGCGGUGUGAGAGGAAGCACAAGAGGGAGACCCAGGUGGAGAAGGAGCACUGAGAGCAGCAUGGAGGAGAACAAAGAGACCCCCAGAACUCAGAACCAGAGAGGACUCAGACUUCACAGCUGUGACCUGUGUGACAAAUCCUUCAAAUUAUCUGGGAACUUAAAGCGUCAUCUGAGAGUUCACACUGGAGAGAAACCCCACAACUGUGACCUGUGUGGGAAAACGUUUUCUCAGACUGGUGCACUUAAAGUCCACCAACGCAUCCAUACUGAAGAGAAACCGUACAACUGUGACCUGUGUAACAAAUCCUUCAAGGCCUCUGGAGGAUUAACGGUUCAUCACAGAGUUCAUACUGGAGAGAAACCUUACAGCUGUGAUCUGUGUGGGAAAAUGUUCACUUCUUCUAGUCAACUCAAAAUCCAUCAUCGCAUUCACACGGGAGAAAAACCAUACUGGUGUGAAGAGUGUGGGAAAAUGUUCACUUCAUCAAGUAAACUCACAAUCCAUCAUCGUAUUCACACGGGAGAAAAACCAUACUGGUGUGAAGAGUGUGGGAAAAUGUUCUCUUCAUCAGGUAAACUCACAAUCCAUCAUCGUAUUCACACGGGAGAAAAACCAUACUGUUGUGAAGAGUGUGGGAAAAUGUUCCCUUCAUCAGGUAAACUCACAAUCCAUCAUCGUAUUCACACAGGAGAGAAACCAUACACAUGUGAACAGUGUGACAAGUCAUUUACUACAUCAAGUCAUCUUAAGAAGCAUUAUCGUAUUCACACUGGAGAGAAACCAUACAGCUGUGAACAGUGUGGAAAAACAUGCAAUUCAUCAGAUCAACUAACAAACCAUCAAAGUGUUCACACUGGAGAGAAACCAUACAGCUGUGAACAGUGUGACAAGUCAUUUACCACAUCAAGUCAUCUUAAGAGGCAUCAUCGUAUUCACACGGGUGAAAAACCAUACCGGUGUCAAGAGUGUGGGAAAACGUACGAUUGUCCAAGUCAGCUCACAGUCCAUCAACGUGUUCACACUGGAGAGAAACCAUACAUAUGUGACGAGUGUGGAAAAACGUACAAAACAUCAAGUCAACUCAAAGCCCAUCAUCGUGUUCACACAGGAGAGAAACCACACAGCUGUGACGAGUGUGGGAAAAUGUUUUAUUGUUGUCCAGACCUUAAAGUCCACCAGCGCAUCCACACUGGAGAGAAACCGUACAGCUGUGACCAGUGUGACAAGUCAUUUGCUCGAUCAAGUCAUCUUAAGACGCAUCAUCGUAUUCACACUGGAGAGAAACCGUACAGCUGUGACCAGUGUGACAAGUCAUUUACUACAUCAAGUCAACUUAAGAGGCAUCAUCGUAUUCACACAGGAGAGAAACCAUACAGCUGUGAACAAUGUGGGAAACUUUUUACUCAGAUCAGUACUCUUAGAUCCCACCAGCGCACUCACUCUGCCUCCAUCUGAUCCUUUUCUGAGUCAAGCUAGCAUUCCCCCUGUUUUCUUCAAAUGUAAGUGACUCUACGUUCUAAUAAACAUGUUUUUUAUGGACUACAUUCAGACCACCCAAAAUCCUGCUGUCCUCACACACUCGGCUAUAAAUGUGAGUGCUCUGGUUAAUAAAAACGUUUUUGAUUUAGAUAAAGCAGCCUGUUCACAUUUUUCUGUGUGUAACGUUGUGAUGGCUGCUUGAUUUUGAUUGAAGUUGUUUCUUCUAAACUGUAGUGGCAGGGGAAAAGGAUUAAGGCAUGUUGUUUAUCAUGAAAUGAACUAUGAUUCAUGUAAUGUAUGUUAUCCUCGCAACUGCAGUAGUUAAUGUCCACUUUUAUGUACAGUUUGAGGGUGUGGGUCAUUAAGCCUUGUCUGUAUAUUCACCUGUCGCGGCGCGCCCAGAGGCUUUUUAGUGGGCGCGUCACAGUGACGGCAGGGGUUGGUUCUCGCGGGAGGAGGAAGUGUGUGUGUGUGGCGAAUGCGGGUAUUCAGCGGGAUAUUUAAGUUUCCUCAUCAUGUAUAUUAAAAUGCAACGGGAUUUAACUGAAAAUAACUGAAUUUGGAUAUUGCAUCGACCGACCAGGAAGCACGUCUCCGUGCGCACAGAUAAGGAGAUUUUCUCCAACACAGGGUGAGAUCGCUCCUUUGUGCCACGCCGAUCAUCGUGUUUUCCUUUGUUGUGGAUUAUUGCCUAAAUAGGCCUAAACACAUUUCAGUUGUUUGCUGCUGACGGGCACAGGAGCAACAGCCUUUUUUUCAAUGAAACUAUAGUGGCCUGGAUUAGGCAGUAAAGACAAUUUCGGUUUAUCGCCGAGCUGACUUUUUGUUGUUUUUUGUUUGGCUGGAAAACUGUCUAUAAUUGAAUAACGUAUACAACCUGUCUUUGUUUCUUUUGUGAAUGUGUGGAUGUAGACAGUAGGAAAUACACUUAUGUGGGGACUAUUUUGUGGAAAGAGUAGAUUGUCCGUUUAUCAGUUCUGUUUUGCCUUUAUAAUAUUAUUUCAUAUCAAUAACCCCUUUUGCGUUUAUUUAACACAGCUAUUUUUGAUAGUUGAUCGUUACAAUGUACACUGAAUUGUAUUUUUUAACGUUUUAGUUCAAUUGAAAGGUUUGAGUUGCUUUUUUGGUAGUUUUUUUGUAUUUACUUUACAAAACACUAAGACACGUUAGGUAUGAGAAGUGAUAAAGUACAUUUGUAACAUUCUUGUUUUUUUGAACAAACAUUGUUCUAGUGAAACUCUGAUAUAAUAUUAUCUCAUGUUCAUUAUUUGACUUCAUUGUGACGGCCGUUAGUUUUCUGUGUUCUCAGCAAAUGUGAUUCUUGCUGCUGUAAUAAUCUGAGCUGGAAACUUAAAACUUAUUUUCUAUUUUCUCAUUAAAUUUGUUGACACAAAGAGACUCUUUGUCUCAACAUUAGAAACUGUUUAAUGUUUUAUAAUUACUAACAAUCACUUUAUAUUCUGGUUUUAAUGAAUGGUCAGUAUUUGAACUGCAGCUAUAUUGAAAAGGAAUCAUUUGUUUGUUUAGUAAAUUAGUAUUUUUUCCCAGAAUUCAUCAUUUAUUUUUGUUCCUCUCUUAAAUAAUUUGUUGUAAUGCCUCAUCUGCAAAAUGUUAUUGUUGUUUUUUUUACGUUUUUUAUUUUAUUUAUUAUAUUUUUUUUAUGUAUUCAUAAUUAGAGCAACUGUCAAAAAAACAGGUUGAAUCAUUUUUAUUUUAAUAGAUUUGCUUUUCUUGUUUUUUCCCGUUUUUAUUUCGUCCACGUGCUGCUGUAGUUUCACCACUUGAUGGCACAGUCUGUUUUUCCGACUGGAUUUCAAUAAAGUUUAUUGAAAAAUGACAUAGUGGCCAACUGCGCUAAUACAACUUCCAUGUCAGUCCGUGACGUUACUGAGUCCAAAAAGAAAUGUCUUGGGGAAAGAAACGUCUUUAAAUCAGCGGAUACUUUUUUUUUAAAUGAUAUAAACUACCCGAUAUGAACCCUUUUAUAGCCUUUAUUUGAAUCUUUAGGUUUUAAAAAGUUAUAAAUUGCUCUAAAAGAUUAAUCCUGAUUGUCUCAUCCCUCAAAUGCACACACACACUGUUUUUGUUUUCUUUUUUAUCCCCAUGUAUAUUUUGUCAUUAGUUAUAACAUUACAUGUCAUUUGUUAGACGCUUUUAUCCAAAGCGACUUACAUACAUUCAGUACUGUGGACAAUCCCCACAGGAGCAAUUUGGGGUGAAGUGUCUUGCCCAGGGACACAACGACAUACUGACUGCAGUGGGACUCAAUCUUGCUACCCCCUGAUUCGAAGUCCAGCACACUACCCACUGAGCCACAGCCUCCUCACAAAAGGAGUUAUAUAUCUUUACUUGUAAAUUCACCUUACUGUCUUCUGUGUAUCUGUGACACUGUACUUGUAUGCACUUGUCUUGUAACUCCUAUAUCACUAAAUUGAUUUAUUUUUAUUUUAAGUUAACCCAAAUUAACUGAAUAAAUAUAAAUUAUACUGUUUUUGUAACGUUUUAAUUAUAGCUUAUUUGGUGCAUUCAUUUAAUAAUGCAUAAAAUGUACACUGUAAAACAUCACAGCCCCAUUUAGUUAUGUCAAGUUACAUUGUCUCUUUAAUUCAAAGAGUUCUGACAAGUUUUUGAUUUUGAACUCAGCUUUUCUAGUUUUAGAAGGUGAAACUUACAUGUAUUCUUGACAACUUAAAAUAUUGUCACAUUGACUCAACUUGCAAGUUAUCAGUUGAAAAAAUAAAAAGGAGGGAGUGCAGGUUUGAGAGCUACAGAAAAAAACCGUAUGCUUCCACAUUUGAGUUUUUUAAAAAACCCUCUUUUAACUGAAUGCAAGGUUUAGGCAUGGAUGUAAUUAACUGGUAUAUCCUAAAGAUGUAAUCUUUUAAUUCGGACUAAAGUAAAGACACAUUUUGAUCUAAAUGAGAGGACUACUGCCGCUGGCAGAGGAACUCUGUGCACCUGCAGCGGUGAUACAACGGAGGCGGAGUGAUACGUUAACCGACAGUCUGAAACACCGGCUAGUACCGUUAUGGUUACGGAGGGCAUUUUAUUUCUGCUGCAUGACAGCAAUGGAGGUACGUUUUAAUGAUUUUAAAACCUUUAAUUCUUUGUCUGUUACUACGGUUUGAAAAAAAUAAAGAGUAUGAAGUUAUCUGUGGAUGUUGUGCUUACUAAUAUUGAUAGAAAGCUACACAUAUUAAAGUGCAAGCAAAUGGGUUUGUUUUAAACUGUUACUUUAUAAGUAUCACACCAAAAUGUCAUGAGAGUAACUUAGCUUUUAUAUAUAUCAACUAGAUUUACUUGCAUUAAUUAGUUGAAACAAAGAUUGUCUUCAAGUUGACUUGAUUUUCUUUGUUACUUUGUUUCAAGUGUAUACAUUGUGGGUGUGUACUGUGAUUUCUUGAUGCAUUAAAAUAUGAAACAAGGUG